AUGCCCUCGCCCUCGGCCCCGGCGCACCGCCCGCCGCUGCCCACGCCCACCCGGCCGCGCUCCGGCCGACACCGCCUCACGCACCUGCUGAGGGAGCGUCUGCAGCAGCGGGGGGCGGGGCCGGUGGUGGUGCGGGUGGAGGCGAGAGCAGCCCUGCUCGUCACUGGACGAGUGCUUCUACUUGCGCCCGUCGGAGGUGCUGUAUCCGCCCCGCUCCGCUCCGCGCUGUCGCUCUCCUCCUCGUCGCACUGCGAGGAGAGCGGGCCCGAGCUCCAGCCCGCGGCGCCAGCCCCGUCUCCGCCCGCCUCCGCCACCGCCACGCCGCCCGCCCCGGCCCCGGUCCCGCCCCGGCCGCCCGCGGACCCCCCGCCUUCGCCACAGACGCCGCCCCGCCAUCCGACGCGGACGGCGAGCGCCAAGACGAAGUGGGAGGACACGGUGACGCCCCCCGCAGCCAGCGUUGGCUCAGGGAAACGACUGGUGCUGCUUGUGCUGGCGUUUGGAUCUCGCGCCAGCGACGGCCAGGAGAACUAUGCGGACUUUAGUUUCAGCAGUGAUUCUGAAGGCGCACCAUUGAAGUUGCCGCCGGAAAGUGGUUCCGGCGCCGCUCAAGAGAGGGCGCCGAUUACCAACGCCGCUGCUCCGUCACGCUCGGAACCCGGAACCCGGCACGCUCGGAACCCAGGGCCCGGAACCACAGAACUCACCCUUAUCGGGUGGGUGGCCGGCGGACCUUCAGCCCUAGCGGGCUAUAAGAGCGGGGCCCGGCGGGUGGCCGGCGGAUUUAAAUUUUUUGUCAUCCUUAGCUUCGCCGAUUGUAGGGGAUGA